AUGGAAAAUGAAAACCUAGGUCACGGUCGUGGAAAGGUAAUUGAUGAGUUGUUAAGAGGACGUGAACUUGCAAAUCAACUUAGAAAUAUCCUCAAUGAAAGUGGUGGUGAUAUUGAUGAUAAUAAUGGAUCAACAACACCAUUUGCUGAACAUCUUUUGAAGGAAGUGCUUGUGACCUUUACCAAUUCUCUCUUGUUCUUGAACAAUACUCAAACUUCUGAGGCCUCUGAUAUGCAACUCACCAAAUCUGAAGAUUCUUUGGAGAGUAAAUAUAAGAGUACUUCCAUUGUUAAGGAAAGAAGAGGCUGUUAUAAAAGAAGAAAAGUUUCACAAACAUGGGAGAAGGAGUCUGAAUAUCUAGUGGAAGAUGGUCAUCAAUGGAGAAAGUAUGGCCAAAAAACUAUCCUCAACACCAAAUUCCCAAGAAACUAUUACAGGUGCACUCACAAAGUUGAACAAGGUUGUAAAGCAACAAAACAAGUGCAAAAAGUUCAAGAGGAUCCACCUCUUUACAAAACAACCUACUGUGGUCAUCACACUUGUAGAAUCUUACAAAGCCCUGAGAUCAUAGUUGAUUCACUUUCUCCUUCUCAUCAAUCUUCCAUGUUUCUUAGUUUUGACAACUCUUUUCCAACACCAGCCAAACAAGACUGCCCUUUUCUCACAUCACCUUCUUAUCCAUCAACAUCAUCAUCAAUUUCAUCAUUGCAAAAGGAGUGCAAGCAAGAGAUUGUUCAUCCUCCUCCUUCAUCUUCUGCUAAUGAUUAUUACCUCUCUGGACUCACUUUUGAUGAUUCUGAAAAGGAUGUCACACUAUCAUCAACACUUGAUUCUCAUCAACUAGGUGUCCAUAUUCCGGAUAUCUUGUAUGAUGAUGUCCUUAAUUGGCCUCUUUCUUGA